GUUUGGACAUCUAAGCGUGGCUCACAUCUUGCUCGAGAACGGUGCUGAUCUCAAUGCACAGAAUAAGUUAGGAGCCAGUGUCCUCACAAUGGCCUCCAGAGGCGGCCACAUCAGCAUGGUGAAACUGUUGCUAGAAUCUGGAGCUUUUGUAGACAAUUAUGACCAUUUUAGCACAAGUGUACUUAACAGCAGCAGAGACGACCUUCCUGAUAUCACUCCACUAAUGGCAGCUGCUCAGCAUGGACAUGAGGCAGUGGUACAUCUGUUAUUAGACUGGGGAGCUGAUUGUAAUUACUCUGUGAAGACUAUGGGCUGGAGUCCCUUAAUGUUGGCAGCUGUUAGUGGAAAGGUGAGCUUGGCACAGCAGCUCAUGGAGAAAGGUGCCAAUCCUGAUCACCUGAAUGUACUACAUAAAACACCUUUUGAAAUCUCUGUUGGCUUCAAACACAAAGACAUGAAGGACUACCUGGAAUCUCUCACAACGAUCAGACCCCAGGAAGAUGCAGAAAAGAGGCAACCUGAUGUCUUCCAUGCUUUGAAAUUGGGAAACUUUCAGCUGGUUAAGGAGAUCGUUGAUGAAGACCCAAGUCAGGUCAAUAUUACCAAUGUUGACGGCGCGUCUCCGUUAAUGAUUGCGGCUGUAACUGGACAGCUGCCCCUUGUUCAGCUCCUGGUUGAGAAAAAUGCUGAUAUUGACAAACAGGAUAAUGUUCAUGGCUGGACAGCACUAAUGCAGGCCACAUACCACGGAAACAAAGAUGUUGUAAAGUAUUUGUUAAAUCAAGGAGCUGAUGUCAAUCUUCGUGCAAAAAAUGGAUACACAGCUUUUGACCUGAUAAUGCUGCUGAAUGAUCCAGACACAGAGCUUGUAAGAUUAUUGGCAUCAGCAUGCAUGCAAGUAGACAAAGACAAGAAUAAACUAAACAACAGAUCCUCUUUGCCUUGUUCCAGAAGUAGGCAAUCCUUAAAUGUCCCAAUGUUGCCAGACGACAAAGGAGGUCUAAGG